UCCUAUUAAACUAAAUGCCUUUGAAUUCAUCCUGGGGAAUCUGCUGAAAUAGCCACUUUCUAGAGAUGCAAAAACCUACUAUCCAGUGGCUGCCACAGGGGAAUGAGAGGACAAAAUACAAGGGUGCAGUUUUGAUCAAAACAUGCAGGGAAAAAUCCUUCUCCAUAUCUUUCAUGAUUGCUAAUAAGCUUAAUUCAUAUACUUAACUGUCUUUUGUACAAUUCUUAGCACCACAAAGAGGAAGUGCUUUUUCUUCCUUAAAAAAGUUCAAUCCAAACCAUCAGCCUCUGUAGGUUGUCUUAAUUGCUACUUUGCACUGCACUGGACUGUGACUCUGAUUUUUGGCACAUGCUAUCAUACACAAAGUUCCUAAAAUAAAAUGCUCCAGGAUAUCCUAGGAGCUGUUAGAAGGCUUUAAAAAGGGACUCACACACUGAAAGAAUAUAUUUGAUGGAGACAAUUCAGGCAAGCAGCAUGAUUAUUGCAGCAAAAUUACAUGAUUAACUGAGAUCUUGAAGUGGGUUGGGCGAGUCCUUGCCACCUAACUUAUCAUGGUUGGGGGGAGGUAAUGAGAAUCCAGUUUUGAUAAAGACAAUUGUUUUCUCCUCCCCAAGUGACUAUACAUUUAAAUAGCUAAAACAUCUGUUCAGCAACAUAGUAAAACAUGUAUACUCGGAACGCUUGAGAGAAGAGCCUGCCAAACAAUCGGUUGAGAGGGACUUUGCUGAGGGAGAGCACCAAGAUAAAGCAACCGCUGUUUGUUUUGUCUAGUCAGGGGAAAAGCCAAGGCAACCAAUAUUUUGAGUUUGUUUUAUUUCAUUUGUGAAGGAUUAUUUGAGAAAGGUGGCAAGGGGAGGUUUCCUGACAGGAAUUUCUUAAGCUGUCCAUUGGUAGGAUAGCAAGAGAGCCUUGGAUGUCAACACCUAACGAACUCUUGGGACCAGCUACCAAACCACAAAAAGUGACUUUCUUCCCGAGUGCUCUUUCCAGCCCUUCUGAUGGAAGCAGAAUCAGGAAGCAGCAUGGAGACUGGAAAGGGGACCAAGAGAUGCACUCGCAUUGCCCUGGUUGUGUUCAUUGUUGGCAUCCUGGUGCUAGGCACGAUCCUCUUUCUAGUGAGUCAAGGUUUCUUAAGUUUCCAAGCUAAACAGGAGUACUGCCUGAAGCCAGAAUGCAUCGAAGCUGCUGCUGCCAUAUUGAGUAAAGUUAAUCUGUCUGUGGAUCCUUGUGAUAAUUUCUUCCGGUUCGCUUGUGAUGGAUGGAUAAACAGUAAUCCAAUUCCGGAAGAUAUGCCAAGCUAUGGGGUUUAUCCUUGGCUGAGACACAAUGUUGACCUCAAGUUGAAGGCACUUUUGGAGAAAUCAAUCAGUAGAAGGCGGGACUCUGAAGCCAUACAGAAGGCCAAAAUUCUUUAUUCAUCCUGUAUGAAUGAAAAAGCAAUUGAAAAAGCAGAUGCCAAACCACUGCUCUAUAUCCUGCGACACUCACCAUUCCGCUGGCCUGUGCUUGAAGCUAAUAUUGGCCUUGAAGGAGUUUGGUCAGAGAGAAAGUUCAGCCUUCUGCACACACUUGCAACAUUCCGUGGUCAAUACAGCAAUUCUGUUUUCAUCCGUUUGUAUGUGUCCCCCGAUGACAAAGCAUCCAAUGAGCACAUCUUGAAGCUGGACCAAGCAACACUCUCCUUAGCUGUGAGGGAAGACUACCUUGACAACAGCACAGAAGCCAAGUCUUAUCGAGAAGCCCUUUACAAGUUCAUGGUGGACACUGCUGUGCUUUUAGGAGCUAACAGUUCCCGAGCAGAGCAUGAUAUGAAGUCAGUGCUUAGGCUGGAAAUUAAGAUAGCUGAGAUAAUGAUUCCACAUGAAAACCGAACCAGUGAGGCUAUGUACAACAAAAUGAACAUAACUGAACUGAGUGCUAUGAUUCCCCAGUUUGACUGGCUGGGCUACAUCAAGAAGGUCAUUGAUACCAGACUGUACCCCCACCUGAAAGACAUUGGCCCCUCUGAAAAUGUGGUGGUUCGUGUCCCGCAGUACUUUAAAGAUUUGUUUAGGAUAUUGGGCUCUGAGAGGAAGAAGACAGUUGCCAACUAUUUGGUGUGGAGAAUGGUUUAUUCCAGAAUUCCAAACCUUAGCAGGCGCUUUCAAUAUAGGUGGCUGGAAUUCUCGCGGGUAAUUCAGGGGACCACAACUUUGCUGCCUCAAUGGGACAAAUGUGUCAAUUUUAUUGAAAGUGCACUUCCUUAUGUUGUUGGAAGAAUGUUUGUGGAUGUACACUUCCAGGAGGAUAAGAAGGAGAUGAUGGAGGAAUUGAUUGAGGGUGUUCGCUGGGCCUUUAUUGACAUGCUGGAGAAAGAAAAUGAGUGGAUGGAUGCAGGGACAAAAAGGAAAGCCAAAGAAAAGGCAAGAACUGUUUUGGCAAAAGUUGGCUAUCCUGAUUUUAUAAUGAAUGAUACUCAUGUUAAUGAAGACCUCAAGGCAAUCAAAUUUUCAGAAUUGGAUUACUUUGGCAAUGUCCUGCAAACCCGGAAGUAUUUAGCACAGUCUGAUUUCUUCUGGCUAAGAAAAGCUGUUCCAAAAACAGAGUGGUUUACAAACCCAACAACUGUCAAUGCCUUCUACAGUGCAUCUACCAACCAGAUCCGAUUUCCAGCAGGAGAGCUCCAGAAGCCUUUCUUUUGGGGAACAGAAUAUCCUCGAUCUCUGAGUUACGGUGCUAUAGGAGUAAUUGUUGGACAUGAAUUUACACAUGGAUUUGAUAAUAAUGGUAGAAAAUAUGAUAAAAAUGGAAACUUGGAUCCUUGGUGGUCUAUGGACUCAGAAGAAAAGUUUAAAGAAAAAACUAAGUGCAUGAUUAACCAGUAUAGCAACUAUUAUUGGAAGAAAGCUGGCUUAAAUGUGAAGGGGAAGAGGACUCUGGGAGAAAAUAUUGCUGAUAAUGGAGGUCUGAGGGAAGCUUUUAGGGCUUACAGGAAAUGGAUUAAUGACAGAAGGCAGGGAGUUGAGGAGCCUCUUUUACCAGGAAUCACAUUUACCAACAACCAGCUCUUCUUCCUGAGUUAUGCUCAUGUAAGGUGCAAUUCCUACAGACCAGAAGCUGCCAGAGAACAAGUCCAAAUUGGUGCUCACAGCCCCCCUCAGUUUAGGGUCAAUGGUGCCAUUAGUAACUUCGAAGAAUUUCAAAAAGCUUUUAACUGUCCACUUAAUUCUACAAUGAACAGAGGUGCAGACUCCUGCAGACUGUGGUAGUUGGAGCUUUGAUUUCUGCCAUCCUGAGACAUCUUCCUGGUGCCAGCAGAGGUGGCGCUGAGUACUCAUCACCCACUACUUUAGGCCUACAAUCCUCUGAGGAAUUUUAUUUCUAAUGCAUAUUCAUUAUUUGGGUAGAUAAUUUGCUUAGAUCUAAACAGUAUCUGUUCAGAGUCAUGGGGCUUUAAAAAAGGAAUACAUGAAAUGAACCAAGUAUGUUUCUUUAGAAAACCAAACCAGCAAAAAAUAAAUCCCUAGGCUCCUUUUGUUAAAAGGUGAUCUGCUGAAUUAUUGUCAUUGUCCAUUUUAGUGUAUUAAUUACAGCUAGGUGGUACAUACCAAUUCAGUCUAUAGUUUUGCAGGUUGCCUAAGUAGACUGUGAUUCUGAAAAUGUUCAGUCUAUUAAAUAUGUAAUCUUCAAUGAUGAUGACAUGUAUAUAGACACUUGGCCUUGCUCUCUGUGGAUCACAGUGCUAGAUUCAUUUCAUGGAUCAUCAUUACACACUAUUUCUUAGCUCUAAAAUAGUUAAAUAAGAAACACGUUGGAUCUCCAAUUUGCAAUUUUUAAUGAAGUUCUUGCCUUUAGCUUUGGAGUCUACUGGACUAAAAAUGUGCCUUGUAUCUUGUGACUAAUGCCAUUGAUUACUCAUGCAAGUCAACGAAGAAGAUGGCAGAAAGUCUUAGGUUAACAUAUUUGAGUUUACCAAAUAGGAAAGAAAGGGAUAAAUCAUUAAGUCGCAGAAAAAGCACAACUUCCUCGUCAUACAGCAGGGAAACUAGGAGAUGCAAUGUCCGAAAGUUUUUUUCUGAUCUGAAUGAACCUCAGUGAUCACCUGUCUGCUGUACACUGUUCUUUGGCCCAGCUCCUGUUUGUUUCAUGAAUCUUGCAUGUGUUCAUUCUGCUCCUUGUACAAUGAACAGACAAUGAAAGAAGGAUUUUCUGAUUCCCCAUUACGAUCAUGUGGCUUUCAUUUCCCUUUAGUGCAAAGGGAUAAACAAUGCACUAAGGAGGGAACAAAUGUCCCUUUAUUAAUGUUGCAUCUCAUUAGAAAAUUUUGUUUUAAAAAUUAUUGAUUGAAAAAACUUUAGAAUAUAUUGAUUCAAUUAAAUAUUCCCUGCAUAGACCUAAGGAAUAUCAUUUUUACUCUUCAAGUCUUAAAGAUUCUGUAUGAAAGAGCAGUACUAUGUGUUUGAUCUUUAGAGCCUUACCUUUUUAAGUGAACCCCUCUAUUAGCUUGUGGGUGUGUGUGUUAGAUAACAUUCUAAUGGCAUUAAAGUGGUUAGCUGGAAUUUUCUGUUUCUUAACAUAGACAUUCCCCCACUCCCAAACCAUUAUUCAUUGUGUAUGAGGUGCUGGGUUAAGUGGGCUGAAAGGAAACUCUCAAAAGCAAAAUGACAAAUUCAGAAUAACCACAGGAGUUUGUUUUGCAUCCCUGUGACUUGUCAUUUUUAAAAAUAUGAGUAUGUGCCUUGUCCUUUUGUAACCAUGGGAACUUCUGAGGGGAGAAAAAUUGAGGGGCACCAUCAUGAGGCAAACAAUUACACUACAUUAGUCAGAGGAGAGUGAUUUUCCCCUUGACUUCCUCCUCUCCAAAUGGAUAAAUGUCUGAAGGGCAGCUACCUUUACCUCCUAUUAACCACAGCUUUAUGUGACCUUAGUUUGUAUUUCUAAAAACAAACAGUAUUAGGUCAAAGGUGCAAGAAAUAUAUGUGCCUUUUAUCUGGAGUAAGCAUCUGACUUGGUUUAUACAUGAAACAUAUUCUCUUUUUUUCCCUACAUGUGGGCACUUUAAAUCAGCUAGGGUUGUCAUGCUUAUGUUAAUAGUGCUUUCCUUUCAGGUUUCUUUUUAAAACUCCAAAUAAACACAUUCCUGCAGGCCAGAGAAAGUGUUUGAUAAAAGCAUAGAAUUAUGACUUUGGAAGUAGAAAUCAUUAACUCACUUGUUGGUCCAGGAAAACUAAUUGGUGAUAAUUUGAGGCUCUCACAGUUUCUGCGUGGCAGGGUUACCUUGUCCUAAUUAACUUGACUUGAUGUAACAUUGUAACUGAAAGUUGCAUAUAGGAUGAUGAUUAUUAAAACCAAGCAAAAGUAGCAAUACCGAAUCAUCACUCCUAGCUGGAAUAAUUUUAUAGAAGCAUUGGAUUUCCAAAUGCUUGUGUUUAACUCUUCAAAUUACAGUCCUCUUGUCCUCUUCAACACACAUUGCUGUAAGAAACAAACACUGAUUAAAUGGGAGAGGGAAGAAGAUAAAAUGCAACUGAAAGGGAAAGAGAAGCCGGCUCAAGGAUGUGGCAUGGAAGAGAAGACAGGAUUUUGGCAAUCUUUGCUAAGCAUAUCCACUGGAGGAGAGCCAGGAAGUUCUACAAAAAUAAUUAUGGUAAAUUAAAAGGAAAUUAGAUAUUAGAUCUCAGACUAGAGAUGCAGUAACAUACUUCUUUGAUUCAUAUAGCAGUUUUUGUUCUGCCAAUGAGCUAUUGUCUGGGCAUGGGAAAGACUUAGUAUUUUGUGAAGUGUUCCUGGAUUAGUCAAGGAUUCUCUGUAUAUGAAGUGGCAUAUCACCAUUGCCCAAGAUUGCUGAGCAUUGGCCCCCAUUUCCAUCAUUUUCCUUUUGUGAGAUGGACUGGGACAUGACUAACGCAAGCUCAGGAUUUAUAAAUUAUCCUGCAGUUUAUUUAUUACCUUGCCUCAGUGGAGCUUAAAGGAUAGCACAUAAAUUUUAUCUUAUUUAGCCCUGAGAAGCAACUAGGAGCCAUGCCUUGCCAGACAGGUUAUGCUCGCCAGAGAAAUGGGGAGGCUUAAAUUUUUGUUAAGAAUUUCAGAGUCAGAAAAUACAGUGUCUUUAUGCUUUGGGCUACUGACCUUUAGAUUAACUUUCAUCAUUUAGAUUAUGCUAUUCCUAAGUACAUUUAUCCAAUCAGUAUUUCUAUAAUCACGUAGCAUUUAAUAGACUUCUCCCUUGAUAUUUUAAACAUAAUGCCUUGAUUGCUUUUUAAAUUAUGGAAGAAUAUAUGAUUGCUCCACACAACAACAUUCUUAUCGCCAGUGGCAGUACUCCACUGGGAUGAAGACAGAUUUUUUUGAAUUAUGCAUCUUUUAUCUAAAUGGUCAUUGUGAGACUAGUUUGGUUGUGUUUUCUUCCCUUACUUGUAAAACAAUGAGAACAAUCAUUUUAAGGGCAAUAAAAAGU